AUGCACCUAUCACCGGCAAUGGCUUUGCCUUACAUCCCAAGUCGCACCUCUACGAAGCCUCCGAAUUCGAAACCACGGCAAAAACAAGAAACUCCUGCGUCAGCUCCAGCUCCAAGAUUACUCCCGGGAGAGCGAAGAGUCAAGCCUCGCCUUAGCAGGCCAAGUCUCGACCCUGUUCUGGAGAGCGAUCAACGACUCUCAAGAGAGGUAGAGCAGAUUGCCUCCGGGGAUGCUGCCAAAGUGACGAGAAAGCAAUCAUUGCCGAUAAUCACCAGAAAUCGAAGUGACUUCUUCGAGGAAGCAUUCGGACCCAAGCAUACGCAAGACCCCGGUGAUCGAAUACGGAACGAGUCUCCUGUGCUGGUGGAAAUUAAGACCAACGUCAUUGCAAAUGAAUUUACCUUCAUCACUGAGCUAUCCGAGUACCUCUCGUUGCGAUACAAUCGUCCGGCAUCUUCUAUCGUAAUAACAGUCCAACAUGGGAUCUGUAUUCAGUUUGGUGGCGGUUCUGAUGCUGUCUAUACCAUGACAAUCGAGGCUCUCGCUCGAGACGUCCAGACGACAACGAACAAACGGAACAUUGCUCUCUUCCAGAGACACAUGGAGCAGGCCCUGAGGAUUCCUCCAUCUAAGGGGUUCUUGAGAUUCGUUCCCCUCGCUGAAGACUGCGCUGGGUGGAAAGGCAACACACUUGCUGGGCAUAUUACAGAACUGAUAGAAGAGACACAAGCGAUGGCGGAACAUCGAGGUUCGAUCAGAGCUCCGAGGAGAAGAUCUAGUAAGGUGAGUCUCGUUUAUUGCUAUGUUGAAGGAGCUGGUUUUGAUCAACAUGAGUAG